AUGACCUGCUUCAGAAUUACCCGUAGUCCGCAAGACCAACAUUUACCGCUGGCUGUUGGCUUCAAGAACGGUAUCGUUAAGCUUUUGGACACUAGAGGCAAAAUCUGGUCUAUUUCAAACUACGUAGUCUGCGAAGAUGGUAUCAGUAAUCCAGCCAAUUCAAGGGAACAACUGUACGAGGAAUACCUCGAGUGCUUCCGAGACAGAAUAAAUAUGUUCAUUGGGUAUGAAGAAAAAGUUUCAUGGGCCCAUUAUAUCGAACUAAUCCGGCUUCAUGGUGCUUGUCAGACUGUUCGUCAAUAUAGACCCGAGCUCCACCCAAUGUUUGAUUCUCGAGGAAAUGAAGAUUCCCCUAAGUUUAAUCCGGAAGUCGACUCGGUCGAUGCGACUAGCGUGUUUCGACCACGCACUCUUGCUUUUGGAGAACAGGCAUUUAUCACUGCUAAAUAUCCAUGGACGGUGCUGGUUGCACAGGCAGAGGAUAUUAAUACUAUGACUAGCUGGUGUCCUGCUUUUCCUCUACGAGAGAUAUACACUCAAAGUCAACAGUGGCAGGGUCUGCCAAUUCAUGUUAAUAGUAUUCGCGGCAGUGUCGAGCCCACUUUUGCGCAGCAGCAACACUUAAAUGCGGGUUCUCCAAGCUAUCCAAUUUCUCGAACGUAUGUUUCCAGACCAUCAAAUACAGUUUAUAAAGCAUUAGAAGGUAGUAAACAUACCCAAACUAUCCCCGCCAACGGUACAAACUCUGGAACGCAGAAGACCCAUCAAAUUUCGGAAGAGGAGAACAUCUCAGAUGUCCAAGCUGUCGCUACUUCAACCCAUCAAGAGAACAACACCAACAUUCCAAUCGAAUCCAAUUCCCCCAUCCCCGAACACCUAAACUGCGCCAUCCAAAUAAAAGUACCCAGCCUCGCCACACCCCAAGAAAUCCUCAACACAAUCCGCACCGGCGCAAUCUACUCCCUCAACCGCGUAGCCACCUCAAACCACACCUCCCUCAUAGACAUAAUAUUAAUGACCCAUUCCAGCGCCCAAAACUACAUCACCACAACGCGCAACAACGAAAACCUCCUCAUCCGCAAUAAACGAGUAAUAGCAACCUGGCACCCCAAACCCACCGGCCCACGCGAAAAGAAAAACGUAUCAAGAGUACUCAAGAUCACUGGACCAGCGGAGGCAUUCAAUUUGAGGAAAUUUAUUCGCUAUGCGAGGUCUUUUUGUUGGGUUGAUUGUGUGAAUCAGUGGGAGCGGGUUGUAGGGGGGGAGUGUGAGGUGGUGGUUGAGUUUGGGAGUUUUAGGGGGCAGGCAGAGGUGGUUCUUGAGGGGGUGCGUGCGGAUCCGGGGUUGCUGGGGUUUAGGGUGGAGUUUUUGAGGGAUCCUUGUUAUGGGGGUGAGGGGGGUUGA